AUGUCAUCAAUACCACCACCACCUCCGCCUGGAUGGAGCUCUUCAGCGCCUCCGUCGAUGCCUCUGGGCGCGCCACCCGGUGCUCCUCCUCCCCCAGGUUAUCGACCACCAGCGGAUCCACACGUUGCGAAGUUUGCACAGAAGAAGAAGGAUUGGUUACGAUCACAGCGAAAUCGGUUCGGCGAAAAACGGAAAGGUGGUUUCGUGGAAACUCAGAAGGCUGAUAUGCCCCCAGAGCAUCUGCGAAAGAUCGUCAAGGAUAUUGGAGAUGUAUCGCAAAAGAAAUUCAGCAGUGACAAACGAAGUUAUCUGGGCGCACUCAAGUUCAUGCCGCAUGCCGUGAUGAAACUGCUAGAGAACAUGCCCAUGCCUUGGGAGUCUGCGAGGGAGGUAAAGGUGCUAUAUCACGUUAAUGGUUGCUUGACUUUGGUUAAUGAGAUUCCAAGAGUUAUAGAGCCGGUGUUCCAUGCACAAUGGGCUACCAUGUGGAUUUGUAUGAGAAGAGAGAAGAGUGACAGAAGACAUUUCAAGAGAAUGAGAUUCCCGCCAUUCGACGACGAAGAGCCACCCCUGUCAUGGUCAGAGAAUAUCGAAGAUGUUGAGCCACUGGAGCCAAUUCAGCUAGAGCUUGAUGAGGGGGAGGAUGGUGCUGUUCUUGAAUGGUUCUACGAAAAUCGACCCCUUCUUGACACGCCACACGUCAACGGUCCGAGUUAUAAAGAAUGGAACCUUACGUUACCUCAAAUGGCAACCUUAUAUCGAUUGAGUCGACAAUUAUUGAGUGAUUUGGUUGACAAGAAUUACUUUCACAUGUUUGAGUUGAAAAGCUUCCAAACAGCCAAAGCAUUGAACGUUGCUAUUCCUGGUGGUCCUCGUUUCGAACCUCUAUACAAAGACGUGGAUCCCAACGAUGAAGACUUCGGAGAGUUUAAUGCUAUCGAUCGUAUCAUCUUUCGAGCUCCAAUUCGGACAGAAUAUCGUGUAGCAUAUCCUUACUUAUACAAUUCACUCCCUCGCAGCGUCAAGCUUUCUUGGUUCUCGCAUCCCCAAGUGGUAUAUGUUCGUGCUGAGGAUCCAAGUUUACCAGCUUUCUAUUUUGAUCCCGUCAUCAACCCAAUCUCUUCCAGAUCCGUCGCCCCUAAAAAUCUCACGAUUAGUCACGAAGACGAAAUAUUCGGACCCGGAAACAACGAAGAAUCAGAAGAAGACGCUUUCAGACUACCGGGUGAUGCUGAGCCAUUCCUCGCGGACGAGGAGUUGUAUACUAGCGACACCGCCGCAGCAAUCUCCCUGUGGUGGGCACCUUUUCCAUUUGAUCGAAGAUCUGGUCGCAUGGUUCGGGCACAAGAUGUACCUCUAGUCAAGCAGUGGUACCUUGAGCAUUGCCCUCAAGGCCAACCUGUAAAGGUUCGAGUUUCAUAUCAGAAGCUUUUGAAGACUUUUGUCUUGAACGAGUUGCAUAAGAGGAAGCCGAAAGCACAGAGUAAACAGAGCUUGAUGAAGUCGUUGAAACAAACAAAAUUCUUUCAGCAAACAACAAUUGAUUGGGUUGAAGCUGGACUUCAAGUCUGCAGGCAGGGUUUCAAUAUGCUGAAUCUUCUUAUUCAUCGCAAGAAUCUCACAUAUCUACAUCUUGAUUAUAAUUUCAAUCUGAAACCCGUCAAGACGUUGACCACAAAGGAACGAAAAAAGUCUCGAUUUGGAAAUGCGUUCCAUCUCAUGCGAGAGAUCUUGAAGAUGACCAAGCUGAUUGUUGACGCUCAAGUUCAGUAUCGUCUUGGCAAUAUCGAUGCUUUUCAACUCGCGGACGGUAUUUUAUAUGCCUUCAACCAUGUCGGUCAGCUGACUGGAAUGUACCGUUAUAAGUAUAAGCUGAUGCAUCAAAUCCGCUCCUGUAAAGAUCUGAAGCAUUUAAUUUAUUAUCGGUUUAAUUCUGGACCGGUAGGCAAGGGACCUGGUUGUGGUUUCUGGGCACCUGCUUGGAGAGUUUGGCUUUUUUUCAUGCGUGGUAUAAUUCCACUACUGGAAAGAUGGCUUGGAAACCUUCUUUCUAGGCAAUUUGAAGGACGUCACAGCAAAGGUGUUGCAAAGACCGUGACGAAGCAACGUGUAGAGUCGCACUUUGAUCUUGAGUUGCGAGCAUCGGUCAUGGCCGAUCUUCUUGAUAUGAUGCCGGAGGGUAUCAAGCAAAACAAGGUUCAAACUGUACUUCAACAUCUCUCCGAGGCAUGGAGAUGCUGGAAGAGUAAUAUUCCUUGGAAGGUCCCAGGCUUACCUGCCCCCAUCGAGAACAUCAUUCUUCGUUAUGUGAAGAGCAAGGCAGAUUGGUGGAUCUCUGUCGCUCACUACAAUCGUGAGCGCAUUCGCCGAGGAGCAACCGUGGACAAAACUGUUGCCAAGAAGAAUCUUGGCCGGCUUACAAGACUUUGGCUUAAGGCUGAGCAAGAGAGGCAGCACAAUUAUAUGAAGGACGGUCCAUACGUGUCUUCCGAAGAAGCUGUCGCCAUCUAUACCACCACUGUUCAUUGGCUGGAGUCACGAAAGUUUUCACCCAUCCCAUUCCCCAGCGUUUCAUACAAGCACGAUACCAAAAUCCUUAUUCUUGCUUUGGAACGUCUCCGUGAAGCAUAUUCUGUCAAAGGACGACUGAAUCAAAGUCAGCGUGAGGAACUGGCCUUGAUUGAGCAGGCUUAUGACAGUCCUGGAACCACUUUGGAGAGAAUCAAGCGCUUCCUACUGACACAGAGAGCAUUUAAAGAAGUCGGGAUUGAUAUGAAUGACAAUUAUAGCACAAUCAACCCUGUGUAUGAUAUCGAGCCCGUGGAGAAAAUUAGCGAUGCCUAUCUUGACCAAUACCUUUGGUAUCAAGCCGACCAACGACAUCUAUUCCCUGCCUGGAUCAAGCCUUCCGAUUCUGAAGUUCCACCCUUGCUGACAUAUAAAUGGGCUCAAGGUAUCAACAACCUUGACAAAGUCUGGGAGACUGCAGAUGGAGAGUGCAACGUUAUGAUUGAAACACAGUUAUCUAAGGUGUAUGAGAAGAUUGAUUUGACCCUCCUUAAUCGUUUACUUCGACUUAUCAUGGACCACAACUUGGCUGAUUACAUAUCGUCUAAGAAUAACGUCCAAUUGACCUACAAAGACAUGAAUCACGUCAACAGUUACGGAAUGAUCAGAGGUCUCCAAUUCUCGGCUUUCGUUUUCCAGUACUACGGACUUGUUCUUGACCUCUUGCUUCUUGGUCUGCAGCGAGCAAGUGAGAUUGCUGGCCCGCCAGCAGGUCCUAACGACUUUCUUCAAUUCCGCGAUCGGGAGACCGAAACGAGACAUCCGAUCCGUCUAUAUACCAGAUAUAUUGAUCGUAUCUGGGUGUUCUUCCGCUUUUCGGCCGACGAAUCUCGCGACCUUAUUCAGCGUUUCCUUACGGAGCAGCCUGAUCCCAAUUUCGAAAAUGUCAUAGGCUACAAGAAUAAGAAAUGCUGGCCAAGAGAUUCUAGAAUGCGUCUCAUGAGGCACGACGUCAAUCUUGGUCGUGCUGUCUUCUGGGACUUGAAAAAUCGCUUACCAAGAUCUGUUACCACUAUCGAAUGGGAUGACACCUUUUCGAGUGUAUACAGUCGAGACAACCCGAAUCUACUUUUCUCCAUGUGCGGUUUCGAAGUUCGAAUUCUCCCUAAGAUUCGCAAUCAGAACGAUGACUUCCCUGUCAAAGAUAGCGUUUGGUCCUUGGUCGACAACACCAGCAAGGAGAGAACGGCACAUGCAUUCUUGCAGGUCACUCAGGAAGAUAUUGCGAAAUUCAAUAAUCGCAUUCGUCAAAUCCUCAUGUCCUCUGGGUCAACCACAUUCACGAAGAUUGCCAACAAAUGGAACACAACCUUGAUCGCCCUCUUCACAUACUAUCGUGAAGCAGCUGUAUCCACGGUCGACUUGCUGGAUACCAUUGUGAAAUGUGAAACAAAAAUUCAGACCAGAGUUAAGAUUGGUCUUAAUUCUAAGAUGCCUUCUCGUUUCCCUCCUGCCGUCUUCUACACUCCCAAGGAACUUGGUGGUCUCGGUAUGAUAUCUGGAUCACAUAUCCUCAUUCCUACGAGUGAUAAAAGAUGGUCCAAGCAAACAGACGUUGGGGUUACUCAUUACCGUGCAGGAAUGACUCAUGAUGAAGAUACUCUUAUCCCUAACAUUUUCAGAUACAUCAUACCGUGGGAAGCUGAAUUCAUCGACUCCCAGCGUGUGUGGACUGAAUAUUCUCAGAAACGUCAAGAAGCAAACCAGCAAAAUCGAAGAUUGACACUUGAGGAUCUUGAAGAUAGUUGGGAUCGUGGAUUACCUCGUAUCAAUACCCUCUUCCAGAAAGAUAGAAGCACUUUGAGUUUUGAUAAAGGAUUUCGCGCACGUACUGAGUUCAAGACAUACCAGCUUAUGAAGAGCAAUCCAUUUUGGUGGACUAGUCAACGUCAUGAUGGUAAAUUGUGGAACCUCAAUGCUUACCGUACCGAUGUCAUUCAAGCACUUGGUGGUGUCGAAACCAUUCUUGAACACACACUCUUUAAGGCGACAGCAUUCCCAUCUUGGGAAGGUCUUUUCUGGGAGAAAGCCAGCGGAUUCGAAGAAUCCAUGAAGUUCAAGAAGUUAACAAACGCUCAAAGAUCCGGUCUCAAUCAAAUCCCCAACCGUCGCUUUACGCUCUGGUGGUCACCUACCAUUAACAGAGCCAAUGUGUAUGUUGGUUUCCAAGUUCAACUGGAUCUCACUGGUAUCUUUUUGCACGGCAAGAUUCCGACCUUGAAGAUUUCUCUUAUCCAGAUCUUCAGAGCACAUCUGUGGCAGAAGAUACAUGAAAAACUUGAACAGCUUGGCAUCGAGACGGUACAGAAGGAGACCAUCCAUCCCAGAAAGUCCUACAAAAUGAAUAGUUCUUGCGCCGAUAUUCUUUUGUUCGCAAGUCACAAAUGGAACGUAACUCGCCCAUCCAUUCUCUUCGACACGAAAGAUGUUAUCGAAGCUACCACGACGAACAAAUUCUGGGUAGAUGUCCAACUACGUUACGGAGAUUAUGAUUCUCACGACAUUGAACGUUACGUCCGUGCGAAAUACCUCGAUUAUACAACUGAUAGUAUGAGCAUCUAUCCGUCUGCUACCGGUCUCAUGAUUGGUAUUGAUCUUGCUUACAAUCUUUACUCUGCGUAUGGACAAUACUUCCCUGGUCUCAAGCAAUUAGUGCAGCAAGCUAUGGCCAAGAUCAUGAAGGCAAACCCAGCCCUCUAUGUCUUGCGCGAACGUAUCAGGAAGGGUCUUCAACUGUACGCGUCUGAAAGCAAUCAAGAGUUUUUGAAUUCUCAAAAUUACUCUGAGCUUUUCAGCAACCAGAUCCAGCUCUUCAUUGAUGACACAAAUGUCUACCGUGUCACCAUCCACAAGACCUUUGAAGGUAACUUGACAACCAAACCAAUCAACGGAGCAAUUUUUAUCUUCAAUCCUCGUACUGGACAACUCUUUUUGAAGAUUAUUCAUACUAGUGUGUGGGCUGGACAGAAACGUCUAGGACAAUUGGCUAAGUGGAAAACCGCCGAAGAAGUUGCUGCUCUCAUCCGAUCAUUGCCCAUCGAAGAGCAACCGAAACAGCUUAUCGUUACGAGAAAGGGUCUUCUCGAUCCACUGGAAGUACAUUUGCUCGACUUCCCGAAUAUCUCAAUCCGCGCCUCCGAACUGCAAUUGCCCUUCCAGGCUGCCAUGAAAGUAGAAAAGCUCGGUGACAUGAUUCUUCGUGCCACUGAACCUCAAAUGGUUCUGUUCAACCUUUAUGACGAGUGGCUCAAGUCAAUUUCCUCAUACACCGCAUUCUCUCGUUUGAUCCUCAUCCUUCGUGCCCUGCACGUAAACCAGGACAAGACGAAGCUACUCCUUCGACCUGACAAGACUGUGAUCACGCAAGAACAUCAUAUCUGGCCCACGUUGUCGGAUGAGGAUUGGAUCAAGGUCGAGACACAACUGCGUGAUCUCAUCCUCAAUGAUUACGGUAAAAAGAACAACGUCAACACUUCCAGUCUUACCAGUAGUGAAGUACGGGACAUUAUCUUGGGUAUGGAAAUUAGCGCUCCAUCGAUGCAACGCCAACAAGCGGCUGAAAUCGAAAAGCAGCAGCAAGAACAGCAACAACUUACAGCUGUCACAACCAAAACUCAAAACGUUCAUGGGGAGGAUAUCAUUGUCACAACCACCUCGCAAUUCGAGCAACAAACAUUUGCAUCGAAAACCGAGUGGAGAACCAGAGCGAUUGCGACUUCGAACUUGAGGACGCGAUCCAACAAUAUCUAUAUCUCUUCCGACGACGUCAAAGAGGAUGAUCAAUAUACGUAUAUCAUGCCAAAGAAUAUCUUGAAGCGCUUUAUCACGAUUGCGGAUUUGCGCGUUCAAGUAGCUGGAUAUCUAUAUGGUUCAUCUCCUCCCGACAACGAUCAAGUGAAGGAAAUCCGCUGCAUCGUAAUGGUACCUCAAAUUGGUAGUACACGUGACGUACAAUUGCCUCAGCAGUUACCACAACACGAAUACCUCGAUCAAUUGGAACCCCUCGGAAUUAUUCACACCGUUUCUGGCAAUGAACCACCGUACAUGACAGCUAUGGAUGUUACCCAACAUGCACGUCUCAUGAACUCGCAUAAGUCAUGGGACAAAAAGACGGUCAGCAUGACGGUUUCAUUCACCCCCGGAAGUGUUUCACUAGCAUCAUGGGCGCUCACGCCUCAUGGCUACAAAUGGGGCGCGGAAAACAAAGACCUUGGUAGUGACCAACCGCAAGGCUUCGGCACGAACAUGGGCGAAAAGUGCCAGCUUCUACUUAGUGACAAGAUCCGUGGUUACUUCUUGGUACCUGAGACCAAUUCAUGGAACUAUAGUUUUAUGGGAAGUGCUUUUGGAAGCUUGGAGAAAAAGCCGGUACAUGUGAAGAUUGAUACGCCUACGCCAUUCUACAACGAUUUGCACCGACCUUUACAUUUCCAAAACUUUGCUGAAUUGGAGGAUAUCUGGGUUGACAAUGAAGACAAGCUUGCGUAG